UCUUUAAUUCUACUUAUUAAAAAAUAUAUCUUUAAUUCUAUCGCUAUAAUAACUUCUAAAAAAAUUCCUCAACCAACCCAAACGAAGGGCUACAACAUUAGUAAACACUAUACACACCCUCCUUCUCUAAAUCCUUCCUAACAAUCCCCCCUUCUUCCCUGUCUUUGUAUGUCUUAUAGCAAUAACAAUGGCUCUUACAGCUGUUCAUGUCUCCAACGUUCCAAACCUCGACCAAGUCGCAAAAAAAGCUUCACUUUCUCUCUACUCAACCCGUUGUUCCCAAGGGUUGGAGUUGAAAAUGGCAGCAUCGUUUAAGAUACCAAAGUUUUUGGUAAUAGGGCAUAGGGGGCAUGGGAUGAACAUUGUACAAAGCUCUGAUUCAAGAAUGACAGCCAUUAAAGAAAACUCCAUUCUCUCCUUCAACUCUGCAGCUAAAUUUCCCAUUGACUUCAUCGAGUUUGACGUUCAGGUGACAAAAGACGACUGCCCUGUCAUUUUCCACGACGACUUCAUCCUAUCUGAAGAAAAUGGUACUGUGUUUGAGAAGAGAGUCACAGAGUUGUGUUUAGCAGAAUUUCUUUGCUAUGGAACCCAGAGAGAAGCAGGGAAAGAGGGGAAAUGUUUGUUGAGGAAAACAAAAGAUGGGAAAAUUGUUAAGUGGAAUGUAGAAACUGAUGAUUCACUUUGUACAUUGGAAGAAGCUUUCCAGAAAGUUGAACCUUCUUUAGGUUUCAAUAUUGAGUUGAAAUUUGAUGACAAUAUUGUUUAUCAGCAACACCAUCUCAUCCAUGUUCUCCAAAUCAUCUUGCAGGUGGUAUUUGAGUUUGCUAAAGAUAGGUCCAUAAUCUUCUCCAGCUUUCAGCCUGAUGCAGCUCAACUUUUUAGGAAAUUACAGAACAACUAUCCUGUUUUCUUCUUAACAAAUGGUGGGACUGAACUUUACUAUGAUGUGAGGAGGAAUUCCCUGGAGGAGGCCAUAAAGGUCUGCUUGGAAGGAGGUUUACAAGGGAUUGUUUCAGAGAUCAAAGGAGUAUUCAGAAAUCCAGGAGCAGUGCCUAAGAUCAAAGAGUCUAAACUCUCUCUCCUGACAUAUGGCAAACUGAACAAUGUGCCUGAGGCUGUUUACAUGCAACAUUUAAUGGGGAUCGAUGGAGUGAUAGUUGAUUUUGUUAAAGAGAUCUCACAGGCUGUGGACGACAUGAUUAAGCCUGUCAAGGCAGUUAUUGCAGAGGAGAGAUUAAGCCAAGGGAAUGGAGAGACUGACGCAAAGUCAAAGCUUCUGUUCUCACAGCAGGAGCUCUCAUUUCUCUUAAAGCUAAUUUCAGAGUUGAUACAGCACUAAUACUUGCCCCUAACACUAUAGUUUUGCCAAAAUUUACCCUUUUUGUUCCUUUGUGUUAGGCUAAAACCCAGUAAAUCACUUUCAUUCUUUAAAAUUUAGAAGUGAUGAAAAAUCUCUCUUUUUUUUUUUUUUUUUCUCUCUUUUCUGUAGUCUCUGCCAGGGUUUAAAAUUUUUAGUAUUCACCAAUGCUUUUAUCCUUCUGCAGGGGGUUUUAAUUUGGUUCUCCCUUGCAUUGCUUCAAUAAUUUGUGGGAGAGAGAAGCAGAAAAGAAUAACAAAGGUUUCGGAAAAAGAGAAGAGCGGCUCCCUUAAUUAAGGAUACGACAGACAUAUGAAUAUUGAUACUAUAUGCAAGCGGGGAGACUCAUCUAUCAUAGUUUCAGUUGUCUCAUUUAUCACUAUGAAAAUUACAUAAUUGAAACAAUGGAUUUGAUCAUGAAACCAAUGAUUCCAUAAGGUAAUAAGCAAACUUAAACAAAAUAAGAUAAUGGAAUGUUGCAUAAGUUAUCUGUAAUACCCCAGCUCAAAUAAUAAUUGGGCUAGACUAAUACUAAAGCCCAUAAGUUUAUUAAGACAUUAUUUAGUAAAAGAAAAAUGGCUGAAGUAUUAGAUGAAAGGAAACCUAACUAUCGUGAA